AUGAAUAUGCCAGAAGCUCCGGAGGGUAUUCCUGCGCUUAUUGAACAUUGCUGGGAGCAAGAUCCUUUAAACCGCUGGUCCAUGGCUGAAGCUGUGAACUAUCUCGAACAAAUAGUAAAGAAACCGAGCCAGCUAGUGUCGGCGCCAACACCCUCGCCAACGCCUUCGCCAGCACCAAUGCCUCCGACGGUAUCACCGCCAGUGCCAAUGCCUCCAGUACCCCUUACGCCUAAAUCGCACAGGAGAUCCUCAAAGGCACGCACUCGAAGCCCACCAAAAUCGCAUUCUCCGGCGGCGGCGGCGGUGUUUGCGUUGGAUUUGGCGAAAUGCGGCAACGAGGUGGCCGUAAAGGGACAUCGAAGCCCACUCCGACAACUGUAUGUUACUGGUAAGCUCGAUUGUUUCUGUGAUCUCUGCUGUAACAAACAUUUUGGAAUUCGUGCCAGUGCUUUAGCAGAUAGUAUUUUGGAACAACAACGAGCGAAGCGAGGAAGCAAACGUGAACGCAUCGCGUAG